AUCAAGUUCAAUUAUCCGCAAUGAACACUAAUUAUUCUUCUCAAAAUCAUAUUUCGGAUUACAAACGAAACGAACAGCAGGAAAUGCUGGUCGCUCCACCGUUAGAUUUAUCAUUUAAAAAGGCUACCACAAUGGACGAAUUGAUGGAAAAACGUGCACAAAUAAUACGUACUGGAAAAGCUCCCGUAAGAACACUUAAGGAUCGUUACAUAACCAGUACGUUGUGGCUGAGCAAUAAUCGACUGAGCUCAAUGGAAGGUCUUCAACGUCUCACGGAUAGAGUUCUUGAUAAUCCUGUGUAUCUCAGUUGGUUGGAUUUGUCUUUCAAUGAAAUAAACGAGAUUGGAGAAGAAAUAGAGAAGUUUACAAACUUGAAGAUUCUCUACUUGCACGGCAAUAAAAUUGCAAAUAUUACAGAUAUUUUAAAGCUCAGGAAGUUACAAAAUCUCAGGUCGUUAACGUUACACGGUAAUCCGAUAGAAGACGUUCCUUGCUACAGGGGUUAUAUCGUACAUCUGCUGCCACAGUUACUCGUCUUAGAUUUCUCGCCAGUGAUUGCUGCUGAAAAAAAAAAGGCGCUGCCCAUAAGAUUUUUUAAAAUGAUA